UAAUACUCGCGGUUUGUGUAUACAUGUGUAACAGCUGCCUGCGGGGGCCGUUCCGCCAGCUACGCUUUGCUAAAUACAAUGUGAGUUGUCGCAAGACUGCAUGGUACGUGUCCUUUAUCGUCAACUUGUGGAUUGAAAUUAGUUUGACGUCUCUCUCUCACAACUGUGCUGGUUUUCAAACAAACGCCCGCUAAUUGUGACUUCAUCAGUGUUGGCAUUGUAUAAUCAUAACAUGAACGUCAUGAUGGAUUGUUAUGGCCACUGAUUGACUACAGGACGAGUUUACACACAUGCACCCGCAUUUCGUUCCAUGCUGGUUGAGGCGCCGGAGAGCAUGAGGGAGUCGUCUCACCAAGCGGCCAGGGAUCCGCCGUCUGUGUCCUCCACCCACCAGGUGACGGAGGGCGCACAGGAGCGGCCGGGCACGCGUGGCUCCAGGGCCUGCUGUUUCUGCUGGUGCUGCUGCUGCAGUUGCUCGUGUUUGAGCAUGAAGAACACAGCCAAGGAGGAGUCGGGAGGUGGGUCCAUGGAAUUGGCCAAUGGAGAUGCCAAUGAUAAUCCUACCAUGGAGGAAAUAAGAGUUUGGUCACACUCAUUCGAUGCAAUGAUGAGAAGUGCAAGGGGUCGCAGGAGAUUUCGAGAUUUUUUACGAUCGGAAUAUAGCGAAGAGAACCUGCUGUUCUGGCUCGCCUGUGAAGAGUUGGGGAAAGAGUCGAACUCGGCUGCCGUGGAGGAGAAGGCCAGGCUAAUAUACGAGGAUUAUAUAUCCAUCCUCUCGCCAAAAGAGGUAAGUCUAGACUCGCGCGUUCGGGAGGCCGUUAAUAAGAACAUGGACAACCCGACCAACCACACGUUUGAUGAGGCCCAGCACCAAAUCUACAUCCUCAUGCACCGUGACUCCUUCCCCCGCUUUCUCAACUCCAAGAUGUUCCGGCGGAUGCUCGAGAACGCCAGCAGGGGAGAGAAGAAGUGAGAGGGAAACCAAUGGGUGGGGUGUGGGUCUGGGGCCAGACCUGCCCUCGUGACUUUAUUGGUGUGAUAAAUUCGAAACACUAAUGAUGACGUACAAUUGGACGUUGAACGGAGCAGUGUACCGGAUACUAUACAUUGUGUGGACAAAAUGGACGACAAGACGGUAUCGGCGAUUGUCUGGCAUGUCUGGCUGUUGCCCUCAAUAGGAAGAAACGAUCAAAAACGAUUAACAAAAACACCAAAAACUAAUUCAACAAUAACAUAAACAUCAAUACCAUCAACAAAACAUUAGGAUCAACUACAAGAGAAGCAUUGCAACUUCAUAUGGAAAGAAAUAUCAGUAGCAACAACACAAUGUCAACACAACCAAACAGCAAAGAGGACGGCAUCGCACGGAUAUACACACCUGAGGCUUGUCACACACCGUGAUAGAACAUGACGUCACAGAUCAGACCACGUGACCAUCAGACGAACGAGAUGACGACAGCAGAACGGUCCCGCGCCGCGCGUGACACCGUUGGAAAAAUUGGCUGCAUGGUAGAAUGUGCGGCAUCCACCGCGAGAGGGCGUGAUCUCCGAUUCUAGAGGUUUACAAUCAGGUAGAAUAUAAUGUGGUCUUCAGCAAGACAAGACGGGUGCCGUACUGAUGACUUCAGUGCUGGAGGAAAUGGUGUGGUGGAAAGGUACGGAAGUGAACGACGGCAGUAUAGCCAAUUAUCUUCCUCAGGGAUUUACACAAAUUUACACGUCUGCGCGCUCCGCCAUUUUCAAAAUGGCGGUCGCGUUGACAAAUAAGGAAAGAAAAAUAAUUGGAAGGGGGAAAAACUUGAAACCCGGUGCUUUCGUUUAUAAGGCUGCUUUGAUGUAAUCCAUGGCCAAUUGAACUGGUGUAGCUGAAAACGAGGCGUGCAUUACGAGAACGUGUGUGAUUCAAGGGUUGUACGGUCGCUUGCCCGAUGGUUUGUCUUAAAACCAAAGAGCUGUCAAAUGGCCUAAUUUUAGAGUAAGAAAAUAGGGGUAAAUUACAAGUCCUUCGCCAAACCUUUAACGCAUGACAGUUAAACAGAACUUUGAUUCGGGGCUCGUUUUUGCUGGGGAUUUUGGAAAGCCGAACUACUCACUCGAUAGAGUUUCCAAUUAUCUGGCUUUUCAAAGAGG